CCCAAGAAGGCGUGUGCUUCCCGGCCGUCCUGCUGGUGCGAGCAAUGGAGGGGGUGACUGUGGGCCAGGUAUUUGAUGCCGAAUGCAUCCUCAGCAAGCGGCCGAGAAAGGGCAAGUUCGAGUAUCUUGUCAAGUGGAGAGGGUGGUCGUCCAAGCACAAUAGUUGGGAGCCGGAGGAGAAUAUUUUGGACCCGAGGUUACUCGCGGCCUUUCACAAAAGGGAACAAGAGCGAGAACUUUUGUACCAGACGAAAGGAAAGAGGCCGAGAGGACGACCGCGCAAGUUUCCGCUUCCCGUUUCACCCGCCGCCAAAGACAGCCGUUCGUCUUCGUCGUCGUUCUCCGGCGCGUCUUCGUCAGUGGCCUCGUCGUCCGAGGAAGACGACGAGGCCGAGCGCGACCGCAAGAAGGCCAAGGCUUCGGCGGCGGGCCCUCGGCUGCACCCCGCCCCCCAGAGGAGGCCUCAGAUUCUCCCCGCCAAAGCCGAAGGCCAUCGCAAGAAGCGCGGCCGGAAGCCUCUUCACGCCAACGUCGGCGCUUUGAGGCCGGCCAAAAGCAGGACGCCGCCUUUGCCUUCGGCGCCGAGCCAUCACCAGCUGCUGCCGGGCUUCCUACGCAAGUAUGGAAAGGUGGAGCCCCGGCCGGGGAUCAAGAAGCCGCUGCAGCCGGCAAGCUUUACCUACACCGGACUCAGCCGGACCGCCAGAGAGCACCACGCCGACGCGCAGAGCUCCGUUUUCUCCCAGGUGUCGGCGGCGUCUAAAGGGGGCUGCGUUUGGAACCGCCCGGCGCCCGCCUCCUCGCCCUCCCUCAGCAAAGCCGGCGGCUCGCCGCAAAGGAAGGCGUCGCACGGCGAGCCGAAACGCGCCGCGUCGGGCAGCGGCGGCCGUGGCGACGCCCUCAAAGGGAUGCCGCCCCCACUGAGACCCGCCUUCGGGGGCGGCCCGACGGCGGUGCAGCGCCCCGCGCCGACUCCGAGGAGGCAGGACGGCCACGGAGGUUACACGGCUUUGGUGCAACACAAGCGAGCGCUCGCCAAGACGCCUUCGUCAUCCUCGCCGCGGCCGAGCAAUCAGACGCUCGGCCUGCGAGCGCUCAACCAGCAGAACGUCACCAAGACGCCGCCGGCGGGCCAUCAGGGCAACAGCGGCGCGGCCGUGCGCUCCAGCUCACGGAGCGGCAGCCUGGUGGUCAUCAGAGACACUUGCGUCACCCCCGCCGGGCAGCGUCCGGUCCUGCCUGCAGGGGGCGGCGCGGAGAAGGCCAGGAAGGAUCCGGCGGGCGGCGGGCGGCGGGACGAGCGCAAGUCCGGCCGCGGCCUCAACGAUCUCAGCACCGGCGACUCGGAGGACAGCAGCGGCGGCGAAUGGGAACGGGACGCCGCCUCGUAUCCCGCCGACGGCCGGCCCAGCCUCGGCGACGCCGCCACCGAGUCGGACACUGAGACGGACUGGCGGCCCACGCGGAACCUUCUGGAGCAGGUGUUUGUCACCGACGUCACUGCCAACUUCAUCACCGUCACCGUCAAGGAGUCGCCCACCAGCGUCGGCUUCUUCAACCCUCGCAACCACUAGCCGCUCUCGCGCUGCCCGCCACGGCCAACUCGCUAGCGAUGCGAGCAAACCCCAGCUUGACUCUACCGUUCCGUUUCCGAUGCGCCAAGUUGUCCGGGAGGGCAGCGUGAAACGGGCCACUGAGGGAACGGCGGCCGGGAUGCCAAAUCUUCCACCGUGGACAUUAUUUUUCUUGUUGUUGUUGUUGUUGUUGUUUUAUUUCCUGUUCAAGGUGACAAAACAGGAAGUCGUCAGUGCCUCAGGUUCCGGUCCACAAUGUUACAAAAACAAAACCCGUGCUCGGUAAUUUGGACAUUUGACUGUUUUGUGUGUUUGGACCAAAGGUGCUAUGAAUGUUAUUUAAUAAUUUCCUGAACAGUAUUCCACACACAUGAUUGAUCCUUUAAUUUAUACUGUAAAUCUCUUUCUAUUCACCUCAA